AGCAGCCCCUCCUGGUCGCCCGUGGUCACUGCUGUCGGUGUCAGUGGGUAACGCACAGAACUGCGGGAUAACGUGGAGAGUUAUUGUUUACUUCUGAGCCGGGUUUGAGAAGCGGACGCCUCAUGGAGCUCAUCUCAUGACUGCUGACCCGAGGAAGAGCCUCUGUACAGCGCGAAGCUGUUGAUAAAGCUGUGAGCCGCUAACAGCGCUGGGGUUUGUGUGAAGGGCCCAGGCAGCCGAUCACCGAAGAUCCUCCAGCCCUCGACACACAGGCUUGAGCUCUGGAGCAGCGCUCGUCUCGUAUAUCGACGGGAGCAUGUCUCAAACCGGAGCGCCUCCGCGAUGGAAGAACUGUCCCAGAAGAGGACAACCCGUGGCUGGUAAAUUUCUGCCCAUGAAAACCAUGCUUGGACCACGGUAUGAUGAUAAAGUCCCUGAGGAGAACAGGUUUCAUCCCAGCAUGCUGUCCAACUAUCUCAAAAGCUUAAAGGUGAAGAUGGGUUUGCUGGUGGACCUGACGAACACCAGCCGCUUCUAUGAUCGAGCAGAGAUAGAAAAAGAAGGAAUCAAAUAUGUCAAACUUUCCUGCAAAGGUCACGGUGAAUGCCCCACAGCAGAGGCCACAGAGAUGUUCAUCAGGCUGUGCGAGCACUUCAUAGAGAAGACGCCCACAGAGCUCAUCGGCAUUCACUGCACGCAUGGCUUCAACCGCACCGGCUUUUUAAUAUGUGCCUACCUGGUGGAGAAAAUGGACUGGAGCCAUGGAAAAUGCCAAAUCAAGUUACCAGAACUGGCCCUCUUUGCACAGAAACAUGGAAUGUCUGUCAAAGGAGUCACUCAAGUCACGUCACAGCCCAAGCUCGGCAUGAUCCAGAGGAAAUGUCAGGAGUUCUCUGAGUGGGACAAAUCGGGGUUUCCUGGUGCUCAGCCCGUAUCGAUGGACCGCAGGAACAUUCGUCUGUUGGAGCAGAGCGUUUAUAAAGUCAGCUGGAAAGCAGACGGCACACGGUACAUGAUGUUGAUAGAUGCAAAAGACGAAGUCCAUAUGAUUGACAGAGACAAUUCGGUCUUUCACAUAGCCAACCUGGAGUUUCCUUUCCGGAAGGAUCUUCGCACCCAUCUUUCCAACACGCUUCUGGAUGGGGAGAUGAUUGUCGACAAAGUGAACGGCCAGCCCGUCCCGCGGUAUCUCAUCUACGACAUCAUUAAAUUUAACGGUCAGCCUGUGGGUCAGUGUGACUUCAACAGACGUCUGCUGUGUAUCGAGAAGGAGAUCAUCUUCCCACGAUUUGAGAAAAUGAAGCUGGGCCAAAUUGAUAAAUCCAAGGAGCCCUUCAGCGUCAGGAACAAGCCUUUCUUCGACAUCCACGCUGCACGCAAGCUCCUGGAGGGCAGUUUCACCUCGCAGGUCAGCCAUGAAGUCGAUGGUCUUAUCUUCCAGCCUAUAGGGAAAUAUAAGCCGGGCAGAUGUGAUGACAUUCUGAAGUGGAAGCCGCCCAGCCACAACUCAGUCGAUUUCAGACUCAAGAUCACCAAAGUCGGCGGGGAGGGACUGAUCCCGCAGACGGUGGGUCUCCUGUACGUGGGGAGAUAUGACAUGCCCUUUGCACAAAUGAAGAUAACAAGGGACCUGAAGCAUUAUGAUAAUAAAAUAAUUGAGUGCACGUUCGUCAAUAACACUUGGGUGUUCAUGCGACAGAGGACGGACAAGAGCUUCCCCAACUCAUAUGACACAGCCAUGGCUGUGUGCAACAGUAUCCAGCAUCCUGUCACAAAGGAAAUUCUCUUUGAGUUUUUGGACCGGUGCGCCCAGGCGCAGUCCCGCAAAAACCCAGCCGACUCUGAGCUCAUGCCACCGCCUCCACCAAAGAGAGCGAACCUCACCAUCCCGCAGUAGCGCAGUGCCGCUGGAGCAGAAUGGAAGCAGUUUGUUUUGGGGGUUUUUUAUUCCCAAAAUGUUCAGCAGCUCUGCCGGUGCACACCGCAAGAGAAGAGACUUCUGGAGAACAUUUUGCUUUUUGGCCUCACUUUGGCUUCUGUUCUUGAAGUUGUUGACCUAUUUAAAGACACUGGGAGAGAGCUUGUUUGAACAUUGAGUGCUGAGGCACAUUCUUAUUUAAAAGAAUAAAAAUAAAAAUGAAUUGCAUCGUUUUCUUUUUUAUGUUUUGCAUUUGUUACAGUCGCUUUUCCUCUCUGCAUUGUUUGUUUUUCAGUUACUUUUUUUUUUUUACUAAACAGAACAGUAAAGUGUGCUAGAUUUAGACCUAACCAUGAAUCACUGAAACAAAUCCUGUGGAGUUUCACCAGAUCUGGACUGAUCUUAGUACUGAUCAGUAAUGCAUAUGCGGCUCAUGACGUAUGAUUGUGUUUGUUAAAUGAGAGUGUUUUGUAUGUCAUUAUGCUUAUUUGAAAAAAGAAACAAAAAUUCUCAGGUUUUGUUUCUUAAAAACAAUGCCAGGUGUUUUUGAGUUUACCUGGAUCUUCUGGCUCAUUGUUUUGGAAAUGAAAAAAAUACAUUAAAGCAAUAAAUCCAUAAUAAAGAUUACCAGCUA